AUGUCAAAAUCAACUAUCAAAAAUGAUGACACCAUUGUCCAAAUACUUGAGGACAAAAAAGCAUCCAAGGACAGAAAGGAUGAUAACAAAAAAAAUAAACUUAUGAAAGAUUUUGCAAUUAGUCCAAAAGGUGACUUUGUAGUUGAAUUUGUAAUGAAUGACAACUUUGAAUCCGAAUUACAAGUGUAUAAUAUAAAUAAAGAUCUACACAGUAUCGAUAUUCCUAUCAAACCUAAAUUUAAAUUUCCUAAUGAGCCAUUUAAAUUUAUUAAAGAACAAUUAGAUUUAAUCAAGAAAAUUGGAUAUAAAAAUAUAUUUAGGUGGUCUAUUACCGUGUCAGAUAAAUCAACUAGCUUACCAGAAUUUAGAUUAUUAGCAUUAUCUUGCAUCAACCUUGAGGAUAUGAAAUCUUCUAAUGAACCAUAUCAUAAAAAAAUCGAAAAUAAUGAAAAUAAUGGACUUACCUUUGUUUUCAUGAUUAAGAAUAAUAAGAAUAAUAAUUAUUCAAUUUGUAAUAUUAAUGGUAAAGAAUUACCAAUCAAAUAUGGUGGAAUAAAAGGAUCUAUUAAAGACAUACAAAAGCUAAAAUAUCCAAAAAGAAUGUACAAUGCUAUAAUCAAUAAUUUGGCCUUCUUUCCUAGUGGAAGCUAUUUUGCUGAUAAAGCAUAUCAAUUUAUAUGCAAAUAUAUUGAAAUGUGUUUAAGUAAAUACUAUCUUUUGAUUGAUACUGCGAAAGAAGGUAUCGGAUACAUAGAACUUUAUGAUUUAAUGACAAACCAAUUAGUAAAUACUUUUCAGAGAAAGGUUUCAAAUAGAUCAAUAAAAUUCGAUGUUCCUAGUUAUUAUGUAGUAUCGAAUGAUGCCAAAUUAUUUGCAUAUGUAUCAUUAGCUAUUAAAGGAAUCAAAGUAUAUUUAAUUGAAUGUGGCCUUGAAAUAGCAGAGCUUGUGGAUAUUUUUGAUGAUUAUAUAUUAUUGAGUGACAAUAGAAUUUUUAUUGAUUUUUUUCCUGAUGAUGAGACGAUAUUUGUAUGUUUUUCGAAAGAUACAAAAUAUAAAUGUUUUUUUUGGAAUAUUUUCAGCUCAUUCCCAAGUUUUGUUAAAUCAGAUUUUACAGAAUUUACAGUUCAAUUAAAUGAAAAAAAAGUAAAACUUUCAAAUAAAUUAAUAGUCAUUGAUCAGGGUGACAAACUAGCCAUUUAUGACGAUUUGAACAUACAUAUAUAUUUAAAGAAUUUAAAGGAAGGUGAUAUUCAAGUCUGGAAAAAACCAUCAAGUGAUACCUCAGAUUUGCAUAAAGAUUAUUCUAUACUUGAACCAUGGUUAAUCACUGAAGGAUAUUAUAUAAAUAAAUAUUUAAUAGAUUCGUUCUACAUUGAUGAGAAAAAAAAAAAGCUUUUAAUUGGAAGUCAUACAAUUCAAGUUUGGCGCAAUCUUGAAUCAGAAAGAAGAUCGCUUGAAUUCAUUUAUGUGCAUAUACCUCCCUCGUUCCGUCACCGUAAUACUUUGACCACGACGCAGCAACUAUAUAAUUUUGAAUAUUCUUCUGCCAUAGAGGUAACAGACAUCGAGUAUUGUAUCGGAAAAUUCAAACUUGCCAUUCAUUCUGUUCAAUCAGUUAAGGAUAUUUCCACAAUUAUAAUAGAAGAAGAUUUUAUGGAUAUAGCAAAAUAUGCUUGUUUGGCACUUAAUUAUUUUUCUGUUUAUAAGAAAUUUGAAAUGUUCCUUUCUAACGAUCAACAAUUAAAAUUAGAUGAUAUAAUUGAACAAACACGAAGAAUAAUAAUGAGAUUUAUUAGGUUAUAUCCAACUGCUUGGCGGUUGUUAGAUAUUCGUUAUGAUUUAAUGAGUGUUCUUAUUGAAGCAAAAGAUUAUGGGCUUGUAAAUCACAUUUUAUCUUGCAGAAAAUUGAUUCAUGUACCUCAUUCUUCUGCUACAAUUUGUAAUGCAAUUUCAGAUAAUAUUAUGUCAGCACUUUUUUUGGAAUAUUAUUCUAAUAAUGCAAUUAAUAAUAUUGGAUGGAUGGAUACAGUUGUAGAAAUCAUACCGGAAUUAUAUAAGAGUGAGGAAAAAGUUGUUAACAUCGGAUGGAUGAAUAAAAUUGUAGAAAUCAUGUCGAAUAAUAAAAAGAAAGAAAAAGAUUGUUAUGCUCAAAAGUUAUUUAACCAUCCAUGCUUUUGUAGUAAAAAAUUGGACUUAUUAUCCUUUGAAUUCCUUGAAAUUUCACCAGCAUUAGAUGGUUUGUUAAAGAUUUUUAUACCUAUAACGCAAUUGAUUCCACAAGAUUCCGAGUUAGACAUACAAAAGAUCGAUCCUAAUAAACUUGAUGAUAUUCGAAUGGUACCUUUACCGAAUUUUACAAUAAGCUAUAAAAAACGGUCAGAUAUAAGAAAUAAACAAGUUUCAAUCUUUCAAAACUUUUUAAUUUGUCCUAUUCUUUCAAGCCGGGAUUUCGAUCAAGAUUCCAACAGUCCCUUUAUUAAAAUAAUAAAAGAUAUUGAUAUUGAUAUUUUAUGUGAAAACCCAUCUAUGAAUGCUAUCAUGAAUUGGAUAUUUAUUCUACUUGGUUUUUCAUUUCACAUUGGACUAACUGAAUCUUCAACAACAACCGAAGAAGAAUCUGAUAAUCCAUUUUCAAAUAUUAUUGCUUCUAUACUUGCAGUAUAUGAUUGGCCUUCAAUUUCAUUUGAUGCAUGGAAUUUUUGGCCACUCACUAUAAUUAGUAUAAUUGGUAGCUUUGUUUUUGUAAUUAUAUUACAAAAUGUAAUAAUUUCAUUCAUGAGUGAUGCAAUUACAGAUGCAGUGAAAAAUAGUAGGAGUAUAUAUAGUUAUCAAGUUGAUUUUAUUCACGAUUUUGCUCUUCUUGACAGAGUAUUAGAAUCUAAUGAUUUAGAUUAUAAGUUUAAGGCUAAAUUAAGAGCAAAAUACAUUUGCUUUUGUAAUGAUACAUCUAUUACGAAGUCAUGGAAUGAUAAAACGGAAAAAAUAAUAUCAGAAUCAUCGCCUGAAAUGCAAAUCAUACUUAAAAAUGAAGAUAAAUUUAGGCCAAUCAAGAAAAAAGAAAUUGAUGAAAUUGAUAAAAUUGAAUACUGGUUUUUUUGA